AUGUCUGAGAGCCAGAAAAAGGAGCAAACGUAUUCCAAGGCUGAACAAGUUUACAAAAGCUGGCACGCGAGUUCCCGCUUUGCAGCGGCGAUAGAGGAUUGCGCGGCUAAAUAUGCCCGCCAGCCACACCAACUCGAGGACGCCAAAAAGUUAACCCGUCGCAUGAUUGACAAAAUUGUUGAAGAACUGGAAGCACAUUCCAUUUUUGUAACUCCGGAAUAUACCGGAAGUGCUUACGAAGGUUUAAAAGUGAAUAUAAGUUCACGUAAAGAGGCAAAUCUGGAGAUGGAUGUCAUGCUUGUCUGGGAGUUGAAAGAUAUCGAUCUCACGAUAAUGCCAACUUUCCUCCCUAACCACGUUCACGUUAUUUUAAAUUCAAACGUUAAUGUGAAGCCUUCUUACAUCGAAAGGAUUCUCGUCAAAAAUCGUUCUUCAUCUCGUUACGUGUCUUACUUGUUUCCAUCAGUUAUGGUGAAUGAUUUCAUGGAAAAUAUUAAAUUUUGUCUCGCUAAAAUGGAGAAAAAAAAUUGGAACACAACAAACAUCAAAAGCCACGGCCCAGCCAUUCAAGUUGAUGUCAAUAUACUGUACCAUAGAAAGAUGACUUUUUCAGUGGACAUUGUUCCGACGUUGAAACUGACCACUGGUGAAUACUAUGUCCAUAAAACGGUCAAUGUUUCCCAGCAACGUCUAAUAGAACAAAACAUAAGACAUCUAGUAUGGAGGAGAUCUUUCAGUAUCCAGGAGAAGACAGCAAUUAUGAACUUCGGUACUGAAAAUCACAACCAUAAAAAACUGUUGAGAGUUCUCAAAAGUUUUAGAAACCAAAACAGAUAUUUGGACCCAUUAAUGACGUAUCAUUUGAAAAAUGUUUUAUUGAAUGUUUGCCACAGAGUCCCUAAUGUCGCACUUUGGUCGGACCAAUAUGUGGGGUUCAGAGAAGGAUUAAGUUUAAGACACAUAGAGUCAGACCAAGCGAUAAUUGCAGAAAGACAUAGAGAUAGAUUAUGA